CGCUCAGGCCCCGCCCCCACCCCAGGCCCCGCCCCCGCGGUUCCGCGUCCGGCGCGAGGUCACCGCGAUGGCGGCGGCGCGAGCGCGGCGGGCGGGAGCCUCCCUGCUUUCGGCUGCGGUCCGGCACCAGAGUUCCCAGAGCUCAUCCCCACAGCCAGGACUUGUUGCCAAAACUUCCCUGACUUCGCCCCCAUGGCCUGAAGUGAAACUUCCAGAUCCAGUGGAAGAAGCCAAGUAUCAUGCAGCAGAAGUGGUGCAGAAGGUGAACGGGCUGAUCUCCGCGGGGCGCUACGGGCGCCUCUUCGCCGUCGUCCACUUCGCCAGCAAGCAGUGGAAAAUCACCAGUGAAGACCUCAUCAUGAUGGACAAUGUGCUGGAGGCUGAGUGUGGAGACCGAAUCCGCAUGGAAAAGGUUUUGCUGGUUGGUGCUGACGACUUCACGCUCAUUGGAAGGCCGUUGCUGGGGAAGGACCUGGUCCGUGUGGAGGCCACAGUGAUUGAGAAGACGGAGUCGUGGCCCAAAGUCAACAUGCGCUUCUGGAGGAGGCACAACUUCCAGAGGAAGAAAAUCAUUGCAAACCCCCAGACCGUCCUCAGGAUCAACACCAUCGAAAUCUACCCCUGCUUGUCCUAAUUGGAAGGAGUGUGCCUGGGAAUCAUUGUUGCUCCAGGCAGUUGUGGAAAUAAAACUGGCUCAGCACUGGAAAGUUCUGGACUUGUUGCUCUGGUGGGAAAUGGAAAUCUCUUAUGUGCUUUCUUUUUAAAAUAAUUAAGUAUUUUUUAAACUGUU